AUGUGGGAAUUGUUAAAUCUUAAGAUGCUAUUGAAAAUCAAACAAUUCUCAAUUCAAGAAGAAAAUAUUGAUGAUUUGGUAAUAGACUUGACUUCUCAAAAUCUAGAUCCAAAAAUUAAAAGCCAAUUAAAUAAAUAUUUAGAUCUUAAUAAUAACCAAGGAAAAGCUUGA